CACAACAACAUAGAAUCCCUUCUUCUCCUUCAACCCCUCUCUUAGGACUAUUUUUUCUUCUUUGUUGACAGAACCAAAGCCAUGGGAGUUCUUGACUAUAUUUCAGAAUUUUUCUCAGUAGCACCUUCCACCGGAAAGAAACGCAAGCCAAUGCAGACUGUAGAAAUCAAAGUGAAAAUGGACUGUGAUGGCUGUGAAAGAAGAGUUAGAAACUCUGUCGCCCACAUGAAAGGUGUGAAGCAAGUGGAAGUGAACAGAAAGCAAAGCAAGAUAACAGUAACAGGUUAUGUGGAGAGAAAGAGGGUGUUAAAGAAGGUUCAGAGCACAGGAAAAAGAGCAGAUUUUUGGCCCUACAUUCCUUACAACUUGGUGGCUUACCCUUAUGUGGCACAGGCAUAUGACAAAAAGGCUCCAUCAGGUCAUGUGAAAAACUCUGCACAAGCACUACCUGCUCCAAACUCACUCGAUGAAAAACUUACCUCUCUCUUCAGUGAUGAAAACCCCAAUGCAUGCUCAAUCAUGUAAACCAUUUUCAACUUCAUAACAAUUUUGGAUCAAAUGCUGUAAGAACUAGAUU